AUGUCGUUGAACCUCGAAAGACACCUCGUCUUUUAUGGCACCUAUCACCACAACCCCGUCAACAAGGCCAUUCACAUGGUCUGCGUUCCUCUCAUCCUGACCUCUGCCUUUGCUGUCGCUACCUAUACGGGAACACUCAUCGAUCUGCCGCCCUGGCUCUCAGUUCCUAAUCUUGAUCUCAACCUCGGCACCAUCAUUGCAAUCACCUAUGCUGUACUUUAUCUGCUGCUCGAGCCCGUCGCAGGCUUCAUCCUUGCCGCGUUUUGCGUCGGCAGCACUGCCCUCGCGCGCUACAUGAGCCUGCAGAACCCCGAACAGACCCUGCAGGUCGCUGUGGGUGUCCACGUCCUGGCCUGGAUUGCCCAGUUCAUUGGCCAUGGUGCCUUUGAGGGACGCGCCCCGGCGCUCCUCGACAGACUCCUCCAGGCGCUCUUCCUCGCCCCUAUGUUUGUCUGGUUCGAGAUCCUCUUUGUCCUGGGCUACCGCCCAGAGCUUCAGGCGCGUGUGGACAAGCAGGUCAGCGCUGAGAUUGCCAAGCUGAAUGCUUCGGCUAAGAAUGGCAAGGCUCAAUAA